AUGGAUCAUUCGGAGAAGAAAAUAUCCAACGACGACUCUGAUAUUUGUCGUCAAGCUCUCAUUCCCAAUGCAGUCUCGUUCCUGAUCAUUUCACCAGAAUUACCUGAUAAUUUCGUCUACAAAUCUUGUUUAAUUAAAUCCUUUUCAAAGAUUCCGACGAAGAUUCUAAACCCUAAUAAAACCCAGAGCGACAAACACACGUACGCGCGGCAGGAAACAAACCGGAUGCUCAUGGCGCCUUUCGAGCUCAAUUCCACAAUCCAUUUUGUAGCUUCAUCGGACUCCCGCACGAUCGACGUCUACGAGCUGACGACGUCAAAAGAUUCACCACCGUCGGCAGUCAAAGCCACCGACUGGAAGAUCGUGGCCAACGUCACGGUCACUAGCCACCACCAGCAGGAGGGGGAUGGAUACGUCACGGCCUUAAAACUGUUCGACGAGGUGAUCACCGGCCGUGACCUGAGGAAUCUGGCCGAAGACCUCUCCCGGUUUCAUUUCUACGUCAACCCGCUCGGCAACACCUUCAUUCACGUGUCCGCCGGCGGCGGGGAAUUCAUCCACCCAGCCUUCGGAGUCCAGUUUUUCAGAUUGAACGACACCUUCAACUGGUCCCAAUACGGCGCUUUUAAUCCCCCGCCGGCGGAGGCCAAACUAUGGCACACCCGCCACGGCUUCAGCGAGGGCGACGCUGUGGUAGAUUACAAGAAGCAGCUGAAGGCAAAGGACGAGAAGUUGGUGGAACUGAAGACGGAACUGAGAUCCAAAACCGCAGAUCUGGAAUCGGAAAAGAGAGAGCUGGACAAGUACCGCAAGUGGUGCUCCGAUUUCAGGUACCGGUACCGCGACACGAUCUCGGCAUCCGAGGCGGCGGCGAAGAUCCGGCGGCGGAGGGUGAAGGUAGCGAGGUCGACGUUCGUGUCCCUGUCGCCGCCGGUGGUGCCGAAUAGUCCCGUGCGGUGUCGGGUGCCGUCGUUUAAGGAGGAGGCGAUCGAUGCGUUUUGGCUGCUGGACGAGGAUUGCGGCGGGUUUCCUCCUCCGCCGGCGGUGCAGGUGUGGACGGCGGACGGGAAGUUUGACGCGGAGAAUUGGUGGUGUAUUAAGGCGAAUCGGAGGGUGCAAGGUGGUGGGGAGACGACGAUGCUGGUGUAUUACGACGGCAAGUUUGAUUAUGCGGAGUUUUAUAAUCCGAUGACUUCCCGGCGGGAGAGGGUUCCGGUGCCGUACAAGGUGAUGGGGGAAUGUUGGGGGCUAAUAGGAAUUUUAGCAUCGGGUACUUCUCGUUUACCUGGGAGGUUAGGGUUGUGUUCAUUUACCGCUGGUAAAUAA